GCUGGGCUUUCAGUGACAGCUCAGACAAUAUGCUUGAGACGCAGCGGAGGAAUAAACCCAGGCUCUUCACACACUCUCCUGCUUGAGAUGGUGGAGUGAAGAAACACUCUGUGGACAGACUUUCUACCUCUGUUUGAACACAGCUUCAGAACCAUGAGCAAAUUUGCUAAAGCUCUGUACGACAACACCGCAGAGUGUGGCGACGAACUGGCCUUCAGAAAGGGUGACAUCGUCACAGUGAUGGAACAAAAUGUGUCCGACACCAGUGGAUGGUGGAAGUGUUCCCUGUAUGGCCGGCAAGGACUAGCCCCUGCAAAUCGACUAGAGCUCCUGGCGCAGACAGUGGCUGCAGCAGGAGACAUAAGGCAUGAUGCAGAAAAACCCACAUUAAAUAAUGCUAAAAGUGAUGUCAAAGUACAAAAUAUCUACCAGAUCCCAAGCACACCCAGACCCAUCAGCAGCCCCACCUACGAACGCAUGGAGAUGGGCUACCAGGUUCGAAUCCUGUCAACACUGAGGCAGAACACAGACCGACCUGACCUAAACAUGCCUUCAUUCUCCAGCACUGCAUGCAGUCCAAAAGUGGAAGUUUAUGAUGUCCCAUGCCAAGCAAGACGAGCUACUCUUUUUGUUGAAUCAUCACCUCCGAGCCAAAUACCAAAAUCUCUUGCUUCAGUUUCAGAGCCAGAGAACACAUCUGACAUUCCACAGCAAUUAAGGUCCAACAAUCAAAGAGACUCUUACGUUUAUGCAGUUCCACCACCUCUGGCUCAGGACCCAAACUAUGACACCCCUGUUCCCUCAGGCUCAGAAUACCAACAUAAAAUCACCAGUGGAUGCAGCAGUCUUCCUAAUCCCAGCAAGCAGGAAUGGAUUUAUGAUGUACCAGUAGGUUCCGAGAAGCAAAGUAUUACCCAAGGCAACUAUGACACCUUGCCAUCCAGAGCAUGGUCAGAGCACAUCUACGACACUAUUCCUGUUCAAAGAAAAACAUCAGAUUUUUUGAUUUAUGAUUCACCAAAACCCUGCACUCCUGGCAUGCCAAGUCCUCCCAAUUUAUUCCCUCGCACCCAACUUUCAAACAAACCCACAACUACACAGCCAACAGAGGAGUUACUAUAUGCCGUUCCACCCAAAGAACACCCCCUCAACCAGGUGACCAGUGAUCCUCUGGGAGAUCAUAAACCCCUUGAGAGAAGAGGUGAUCCAAACAAUACUUUAGAACUUAAAAAGGUGCGCCUGCAGCGGAUGAGGAAUUUUUUGGCUUGUACAUCUUUCAAUGACCUUUUGGGAGGUGGGAAUACACUGGUGCUGGAGGAUAAGCAAUACAGACCAAGUCUCUCUGCAGGUGUUAAUCAAAGAAUCAGCACAGCCUCCAGCUCUUCCUCCAGCUCCUGUGACUCUCUGCCCUUAAGCUCAUCUUCCCCUGAGCCUCUUCGAGAAGUGACAGUCUGUCAGGAAGAAGCUUGCCGGAAACUCCUUGAGCUUCAGGAAUGUGUUUGUAGGGCUGUGCCUCAGCUCAUGAACUUUGUAAGCAGCAACUGGAGGUGUAAAAACCAUUUGGAGAAACACCUGAAAGAAAUCAAGGAAGCAACAGAGGCAGUUGUUUCUACUGUGACAUGCUUUCUAAACUUUGCUCUUGACAUUAAGGGUAAUGCCUGUCGUUUAACUGAUACUAAUCUGCAGACCAGGCUUCAUAAACAGCUGUCCAUAGUAGAGGAUUCUGGUGUGAUCCUACAGCAAACAGCAAGCUUUCUAAACACGGCGGGCUGGGCCCUCGACACACUCUGUCAGGACCCAAGCCAGAUGCAGAACCCUGACCAACUUGAACGUUUUGUGAUGGUGGCGCGCACUGUACCAGAUGAUGUCAAGCGCCUGGUGUCCAUCAUCUAUGGAAACAGUAAGCUUCUUUUUAAAGCUACUCAAAAAGAUCGAGAACCUGUAAGCAGAAAAAGUCCACCACAGACCAAGAAACAUCCUGAUAAAACGGAGCUAGGACAAGAUUCAGAAGAGGAUGACAAUGACUACGUAGAGCUAGAGAGAAAGAUUGAGGAAAGGUUGCCAGAGGAAGUGCAAAAAGGGCCAGAAGAAAACAUCUCACCAUGCUCUAAAAGUGGUGAGAAUAAGCACAACUCGUCUGACUCCAGCAGUAGCACAGAAAAACAUCAGCCACCUUCCCUGUCAGAGCACUGUCGGCUUUAUUUUGGAGCUCUUCAAAAAGCUAUUGGGGGAUUUGUGGAAAGCCUUCAAAAUAACCAGCCACCAGAGAAAUUCAUCUCACACAGUAAGCUGGUCAUCAUGGUAGGCCAGAGACUGGUGGACACUCUUUGCAGGGAGGCCCAACGUCGGGGGUCCUGCCAAAGUCUCCUGUGUAAGAGUGGCCACCUGUGUGCUCUCCUCAAGCAACUGGCCGUGGCCACCAAGAAGGCGGCUGUGCACUACCCAGACAAGCAGGCUCUUCUUGAAGUCCAAGAGUUUGCAAAGGAACUAUCCCAAAGAGCACAGCAUUUCCGGGUAUCACUCGCCCUCUGAGAGUGUAUGCAUCAAACUUAUUUGAUCAUAGAGCAAAGGCAGAUGUAUCAUCCAUCAGCUGUUAGCUUUUUCUUUGUUUAAUUGUUUUAAUUUUUAUGACAUCUGAGCCACAACUUUUGAUAAAUGUGUUAAUAACAAAUACAGUUGUUUAAAAUGGUAAACACGGAUGAGUAGCCGAGUUUCCUUUGUAAAGAACAUGGACGACUUAAUUGCACAUUUAAAACACAGUAAUGUUAGUAACUUUCGAACAGAAUUUUCUGGAUAGGGUUAAAAUGAGUUUUUUCUAUAUUCACCGCAACAUUUCUGUGUACUGUAGUGUGUCAUGUUAGGUUAUCAUUUAAAUUUUUAGUUAAAGAGAACUAUUUCUCCAAGGUAAAUACUCUGUCAUUUGUAAAUAUAUUGUAAAUUUUGUUUAUAAAAUGUCCUCAGUAUUUUCAAAGAUUAAUGUCAAAAAUAGUGUCAUUAAAAAUUUAAAACUUGAAAA